GUUUUAGUUUUUAAUUUUAGAUGGAUCUUGUAUAUGACUCUUUAUCAUCUAAUGACACCAACAAAAGAAGCAAAAAUCAGAUGUGGGAUUCGGAUAUGGAUAGAACUUUAUUUGAGUUCCUAGAUGCCCAAGUUGCAGAGGGCAACAAGUCCCAAAAUGGAUUCAAGGAUGCAACAUAUGUGCAAGCAUCGCAUGUUAUUAAUUCUGCCCAUGGAUUGAGUGUUAACAAAGAGAAUAUUCGAAAUCGAGUAAAAAGUGUAAAGAAGGUCUAUAGGACCCUCUAUGCUAUCGUCAACACUAGUGGGUUUGGCUGGAAUUCUGAACUCAAGCAGCUAACAUAUCAUGAAGAUAGCGUGUGGAACUCCUACAUAUUAGAGCACCCCAAAGCCAAGUACUACAAAAACAAGAAAUUUGAGUUCUUUGAUAUUUGGGAGAACAUUUUUGGUGAGGACUUCGCAACUGGCCAGUGGGCUAGAAAUCGAAAGGCACGUGAUAAUGACCAAAGUCAUUCACAGGCAAGAGGUGGGGAUCCAAUGAACUUUGAUGACAAUGCCAUGGAGUCGAACACGAAUGUGGUAGGUGGAGACUCACAAGAUCCAAGGACAUCACCUGUUAGAGAGGGGCCUAGUGGAAAUCGAUAUACUCCAAGGCCAAAAAAACAGAAACAAAGUGUUGAUUUUGAUCAACUAGCCAUCAUUGCUGAAGGCAUCAAGGAUUUGGCAGCUGCACUUCGAGAACCACCCAAGCAACCCAGCCCUUAUCAGAUGGAUUUGACACCUAUCCUCCAUGCCAUACGAGAGAUCCCUGAUAUUUCUGAUGUCAUGGCUAGUAGGUCUUUUGAAUACUUGAGUGCAAAUCCAGUGCAAGCUAAUAUAUUUAUGUCAUAUGAUGUCUCACACAGGGCAGACUUUCUUUGGAGGCAUUGGCAUUCGCAAGACCCCAAUGGAUAG